AUGGAACAAGUGCAUCCGAGUAAAACAACGAUAGACGCCAGUGAUCCCGCCGAACAACAUUUUCUGAAAACACAUGCUCGUAGAGAAGAUGGUGUUUAUAUUUUUCAAUACCCAUUCAAGGAGCCCCGCACGCCAAUUGGCUCCACUUUGCCACAGGCUUUAAACCGCUUCGCCGCUUUGGAAAGGAAAUUUGGAAGAUUCCCCGCACUCAAACAACAAUAUGUGAAUUUCAUGGAUGAUUAUUUAAAUCGAGGACAUAUGGAAUUGAUUCCGGCUGCUGCAGGCGGUGAGGAUCCCGCACGCUACAACUAUUUGGCACACCAUGAAGUUUUUAAGCCAGAUAGUACUACCACACGUUGCCGAGUGGUAUUUGACGGCUCUGUAAAGGAUUCCACGGGUCAUUCUCUUAAUUCGCGACUGCAUAUAGGACCGCCUAUUCAAAGGGACUUAAUUGGAGUAUGCCUUCGAUUUCGUCAGCAUCGUUAUGUAUUUUGUGCAGACAUCGAGAAGAUGUUUAGAGGCAUUUUGGUGUCGGACGAACAUACACAGUACCAACGCAUAGUUUGGAGGAAGGAUGAAAACGCUGGAUCAUUAUCGACUGUUGACAUUCGAGUUCUUAAACAGCUCUCGAAUGACUAUGCCGAAUUGUAUCCCACCGCUGCUGUCGUGCUCAACAGAGACGCGUACGUUGAUGAUAUUCCUACUGGAUGCGACAACAUCAAGGAUCUCAUUGCACUCAAAGAUGAAUUGAUUCUGCUUCUUAGCGAAGCUCAAUUCAAAUUGCGAAAGUGGAGCUCAAACUGUUACGCCCUUUUAAAGUCGUUGCCAAAGGAGAUUUGUGAGUAUCCACCAGAGGAUUUAGAGGAAGACCGCUCAUUUCGAUUUGUUAAAGUCCUGGGAUUGUGUUGGGAACCAAAACCGGACUAUAUUUUCUUCAAAUUUGAAACCCCCGCAUUUACAUCUGCUCUUACUAAACGCAUAUUGCUUUCAGAGCUAGCCAAGAUCUACGACCCGCUGGGUUUGCUUUCGCCAACUGUUGUUUUUCUGAAGAUCCUAUUUCAAGAAAGUUGGCUAAGUUCUGUCGAUUGGAAUGAAGUACUACCGCAGCAAUUAUGUACACGAUGGCAACAGUUUGUAUCGGAAAUGCAUUUAUUGGAAACUUGUCGAGUUCCUCGCUACAUAUCUGCACCACAUCAAGAAAUGGAACUGCACGGAUUUGCUGAUGCAUCAUCUCAAGCGUAUGCUGCCGUCAUCUAUAGCCGCGUCGAAGUCAACAAUGGAUAUGCUGCCAAACUGAUUAUGGCUAAAAGUCGCGUAGCCCCUAUUAAGCCUAUCUCUAUUCCGCGACUAGAGUUAAACGCAGCUCAUUUACUCUCUAAACUGAUUUAUCUGGUCAAGCAAUCAUUAACUGUUCCUAUUUCCAGAAUCAAUUGUUGGUCAGACUCUGAAAUAGUCCUGCAUUGGCUAUCUUCUCCGCCUAGGACUUGGAACACCUAUGUUUGCAACCGCACUGCUGAAAUUCUAGAGGUUUGCACACGCAGCUGCUGGCAAAAUAUUCGAAGUGGUGAAUCCCGCAGAAUCCCGCAUCGCGAGGAGUACUGCCAAAGGACCUCGUGGAUCAUCAAAUAUGAAGAAGAGGCCUGCCUAGAGAUGAAGGCUGAAACGAAAGUUAAUCUACACAUUUCCGACGACGGAAAUUCGCUAUCUUGUAUGAUCAACAAACCCUCCUCAUGGUCCCGUUUAUUAAGGAUAGUCAGCUACUGCCUUCGCUUCGUUCAUCGUCUUCAGGAGUUCUUCAACGUGGAGUACAAGCAGUUAACUACCGGACAGCCAUUGUCGAAGAAAUCGAAGUUGAUUCGCUGCACACCCAUUUUAGACGAGCAGAGAGAAUCUCCAAUAGCUGGUCUGCUAGUUCACUAUCAACAUGCUGCAUCUUUCCUGGAUGUAAACAUCGACAGACUGCAGCGCUGGAGACAACUACAGGCCAAGCAUCAAGAUGCUCCAAAUGUUGCCGUGGACACACUGGUUGUGCUGAAGGAGCCCAACCAACCGCCAAGCAAGUGGAUGCUAGGACGAGUCACCGAAGUUCAUCCUGGCCAGGAUCAGAGGGUCCGGGUGGUCACCGUUAAAACCGCCAAGGGAAUCUACAAGCGCCCUAUUACGAAAAUUGCUGUGCUUCCUUUGAACUGA